CUUAAAGAUUACAGUAAGUACAUCUGAUUACUCUUCUGCGGGAUUCUGACCAGUUUUUAUAGUUUUGUUACAAAAGCUGUCUGAUGGUCCUUAGCGAAAAUGGGGAGGAAAGUGCAAGCUCAACGGAAAUUUGCACAGGGCGCAUAUAUGCCACCCCUACACCAAACAAAUCACAUUGUAGAACGUCGUGCGGAUAUGGUAGGUGGUAAAGAUGACCAAAGAUCAUCUACCACUUACAAUAGUAUUUCGGCAAAUUCGUUACUGGAUCUGGUGUCAUUUGCAAAUAUACAUACCCAUCAAAGGUUGCAACCAGUGGUUCGUUUGGAGAGGUUAAAAACCAAUGAACAUACCAUAACAGAACUGCUGCAGAGAAGAUCAUCACCAAUAGAGGGACUACUAAUACCUAGGCGUAUUAAACGUCUCAAUAAACCAAAACAAAUUAAAUCUAAAGCAGAAAAAUGGCCUGUAAAUGGCAAUACGACUGUACGUAAAUCAAAAGCAAAAAGAGUACAGGCAAAAGAGAAGAUAAAGGUGCCUCGAAGGAAGAGAAGGCGACAUACAGACUCAAAAGAUCAAGAUGAAGAUAAUACACCUCUUAAAUUUUUAGCAACAUCUUCUAAAAAUAAGCAAGGUGCAGGAGGCAAAAGACGCAAGUCAGGAGCAGCAGAACCUUCAAGAAAGCAAACUCGAAAAGCGCCUGCCGCUAAGACUUUACACAGGAGAAAAAAGCAAUAUACAGGACAUAAACCAAUAACAAGAAACGCUGCCAAAUUAUCAAAAAUGAAGUCUAGUGGAAAUAAUAAUGAAGCUUCUCCUGUAUUAUCUUGCAAAAAAAUCAUUAAGCGACCUGGGAAGAAGAAACCAGAAUUCAACUCGCUAUCGCUAACUUCGAAAUCGCCGGCUAACUCGCCCUUAAAUAUCAAACCCGAAAAUAUUAAUAUAACAGGGCUAACGGCGAAUUGCACAGAUUGGGAAGAGUUCGCCCGUUUGAAUUCCCAUAUUCCUGUAGAUGUUACUGCAGAUGUUACUGCAGAUGUUACUGCAGAUCCUACUGCAGAUUCAUUAUCCAUGGAACAUCCAUCUCUCCAUGAAGAAUAUAUUAUUAAAGAUAGCUCAUCAAAAUUAGGCUCUAUUAUUGAGCAGUCUAUUCAGUCAAUUAAAACUAUUGAAAUACCUACGACUUCUACUGAAAAUGGUUCCGUCUUAGUAGAAGCAAAUAUUUGCACACCUGUAUCACCUUGCCGCAGUUCACAAAGUGGAUAUUAUGGCGCGAGUGAGAUACAGCAAUGGAUUAAUAAUUCCAUGCAGAACGUGGACGAUGAUAUCUUUAAAAUCCCCGCUGUACCUGACCCAAUUAGCGAUUUUUCUAUAGACGAGACGAAAAAUGAAAUUGACGACUCUUCAUAUAUGUCGCCACUGGUUUACUGUGAUUCCGAAUGUCCUUCGAUGCGGUACUUCACAGUGAAGGAUAUUAUGAACAGACCUAUUAUCAACUUGGGAACACGUUGCAACUCAUGCGUAUACUGCAAUCGUGUGGAUAAAAUGCAACAAUCGUCACAACAACCGCCAUCUACGGACGUCAACAAUUUUACACCAAGUUACGAGUUUGAACCGAUUGACCUUGUCAACGAGGAUGACGAUACCCAACAAAAGCCGUAUCCCGACGACUUCCUACAGAGCUGCCUAGCUUCCGAACAGCAAGAGGCACCUAGAAAUGAGUCACCUAGCCAUGAGUCACCUAGAAAUGACUCACCUAGUUAUGAGUCACCUAGAAAUGAGUCACCUAGCUAUGAAUCACCUAGGAGUGAGUCACCUAGCAAUGAAUCACCUAGCAAUGAGUUACCUAGCAAUGAGUUACCCAGCAAUGAGUCACCUAACAAUGAGUCACCUAGCAAUGAGUUACCUUGCAAUGAGUCAUCUAAGAUUGAGUCACCUAGCAAUGAGUUACUUUGCAAUGAGUCACCUAAGAUUGAGUCACCUAGCAAUGAGUUACCUUGCAAUGAGUCACCUAGCAAUGAGUCACCUAGCAGUGAGUUACCUAGCAAUGAGUUACCUUGCAAUGAGUUACCUUGCAAUGAGUCACCUUGCAAUGAGUCACCUAGCAAUGAGUCAACUAGCAAUGAGUCACCUUGCAAUGAGUCACCUAACAAUGAAUCACCUUGCAAUGAGUCACCUUGCAAUGAGUCACCUAACAAUGAGUCACCUAGCAAUGAGUUACCCUGCAAUGAAUUACCCUGCAAUGAGUCACCUAGCAAUGAGUCACCUAACAAUGAGUCACCUUGCAAUGAGUCACCUAACAAUGAGUCACCUAACAAUGAGUCACCUAGCAAUGAGUCGCCUAGCAAUGCGUCACCUAGCAAUAAGUCGCCUAGCAAUGCGUCGCCUAGCAAUGCGUCACCUAGCAAUGAAUCACCUACCGAAGAGUUACCUACCAAUGAGUCAUCCAAAAUCAAAGAGAAAUUUUUCUUCUUGGAUUUGUUCCCUGGCAUUAGCAAUGAUAUUAUUAAAUUUGUGUCAACAGAAAGCCCACUGGAAGAAACGAGAAAUAUAAUGCGGGCUUUACUAAUAUCCAAGGCUUUAAUUUCACGUAAGGACAAAGAUAGGUUGGUUGAACACAAAACUCUUUUAAGUCAGCUGUUGGCCACACUCAAUAUGAAGUUACAACGCAAAACUGGUCGAACACCUGUUCCAUUUCCUGAAACAUCUCCAGAUGAAACUAGUGCUUGUGAAGGUGGAAAGGAGGAUGAAGAAGGAUCACCUGAUUCUGUACCAUCUACAUCUCUUACUAAAAAUAAAAAAAAGAGAUAUAUUCGUAAAAAGAAUUCAAAUAGUCAGCCAUCCACUAGUAAAAUGGCAACUCGGGCUACUAAAGCUAAAUUAACUAAAAAUGAAAAGACAUUUGAAGACAAAGCGCUCCCCAAAAAGUCAAACGCACAGACGUCUAAGAAGAAAAAAUCUAACAUUCAAAAUAAUGAGAAAUUGGGAGAGCUAAUGGACGCGCCUGUUUAUUAUCCUAACGAAGAAGAAUUUAAGGACCCUCUAGCAUAUAUUACGAAGAUUAUGCCGACUGCUUCGAAAUUUGGUAUUUGUAAAGUCGUGGCACCGAAGAAUUUCCAGCCGCCGUGCUCUGUGAAAAAUGAGAUUAGAUUCAAUGUCAGUAACCAGUAUCUGGCUCGUCUGUACAAACGCUGGGGACCUAUUACCAAAGAGAUAUGUGCCAUUAAAACAUACCUGAUAUCACAAAGUGUUUUGUUUAAUAAGGGUCCUUUGGUGGCCAAUCUGGAAGUCAGUCUACCAAAACUGUAUCACGUCGUUCAAAAACACGGCGGUUUGAAGACGGUAAUGGAGAAAAAGCGUUGGGGUCGAGUUGCCGACGAUCUUCGCAAUGGUAGAACGUGCAACCCCGAAAAAUUGGACAUACUUUACUUAAGAUAUUUGCUCCCUUAUGAUACUCUGUCUAACAAAGAGCGUCAGGAAAUCAUGGAAUCUGUCGAAAAAAGUUGGGAAAAAAGAAAUGCAAAAAUGCUCGAACGGGCUACGAAUCCAUUACACCGACAGAAGCGUCUGCUUGGCGAGAGCGAUUCUUCAGGGGAAGAAACUGAAGAUGAGAGCAGCAUGUCGUCUACGCUUGCAGAAGCCGAAGAUUGCAUGGUUCCCGGAAGGAGUAUGACCCUCGCUACUUUUGCUAAGGCGGCAGCAGCGGCUCAGGAGGCCUAUUACGGACGAUCGCAAGAGCCACCACAACCGGCCGACGUGGAAAAUAAAUACUGGCGGUUCGUUGUAACGCGCAACGAACAUGUUUGCGUGUACAGCGCGUCUCUAGAUACUGGUGACGAGGGGUAUGGCUUCCCCACCGACAGCAGCGACCCCUAUGGAACACAUCCGUGGAAUUUAAAAGUUAUAAGCCAAAAUGAAGGAAACGUAUUGCGAUCACUGGGUCCAGUGUUAGGAGUGACGGUGCCAACACUCCAUUUCAGUAUGAUGUUCUCCACCAGCUGCUGGCACCGGGAUCCUCAUGGGCUACCAUGGAUAGAAUACAUGCACCGAGGUCCUCCCAAGAUAUGGUAUGGCAUACCAGACGAGCAGAGUGAUAAUUUCCGUCGAGCAGUGGAGACAUUGUGCCCCACAUCUUGCCAAAAUAAAUCUAUUUGGCUCCCAUCUGACAUCACUAUGAUCCCGCCAAAACUCCUGCGAGAGCACAAAGUAACGCUCUCGCGAUUGGAACAGGCGCCGGGUGAAUAUGUUAUCGUGUUUCCUAAGGCGUACUCGUCUUCAAUAUCGACUGGUUACACCCAGUCCGAAAGUGUGUACUUUGCAACUGACACUUGGCUCUCCGGCGUCGACAGGGUGUUCCUGGAAUUGCGCGAUAGUUGCGAACCGACGAUGUUUUCUAUAGAACAACUUCUACUCGCGAUCGCUACGGACGAGCGUAUCCCACCACGAGUUCUAAGACCCGUAUCUGGCGCUCUCGGUCGCAUAAUUGCCGAUGAGCUCGCCUAUCGACGGCAACUGGCUCGGCUCGGACUCUCAGCUGCUGCGUCGACGGCUGACGGUACACGCACCUGGCGGCGACGGCCGGCCGGUGCGUGGAAUGUGAGGGAACAGGACGAGUGUGAGGUUUGCCGUGCUACACUAUACCUGUCGAAGGUGACUGGUAUGGCGGGACGCCGUGCCGCUGCCUGUCUACAACACGCGGUGCUGCUACUACGUCGCGAUCCUGAAGGAGCAGCAGAUGCCACCCUCCAUUGUCAUUACACGGAUGAUGAUCUGCGCGAUGCUGUGUGCGCACUCGAUGCGCGUCUUCGCCUCCCAUCUGUCAAGUAGAUAAGAUACAUGUUUUCAUAAUUGUAACACGUUUUGUGCUCACCUUACAUAAUUGUUGUAUUUUAAAUGUCAUGU